AUGGCGCAAAUUCUCACUCCCCCCGCUUCCCGCCAUACCUCCGAGUCGCCGGAGGUCCGAAAGGAAACAGAAGUCGACGCCUCUGCCGAACUGCUACAGUCAUUAGAUACUCUCCUAGAGCGAUAUCUGCACCUGCUCGAUAGGCAUCAGAAACUACAGGCAGAUUUAGCAAAACGGUUGUCUUCGGGGUUUUUCUCUCUUGCGCAGGCCAAUUACACAUGCCCGCCUGGUCGACGAUAUGGCGCAGACUACUACGAUGAACGGAUGAAGGCGACGAGGAAGGUGUCACUACGUACUCCUUCAAAAGAGACAGAAGAAUCGGAGGAUUCUACUGAAGCGAAGGACUAUGGGCAUACCUUCGCAAUUGAAUAUACACCGGACAACCGUGGUUAUGAACAGGAAAAGGAUAAGGGGACUUCCGAGAGCCCUUCGGACACUGCGCCAUCCGAUGAGAAUCCAGACCACCACAAGGAAGGCGAGAACAGCACGCGAAAACCAGACAAUGCAAGUGCCCCAGAAAAUUUGGAAACCGAAUUCACAGCCCAGAAACCUAGGCCUAUCAAGAAAUUCGGUUCUUCGGAUCCGAUAACGUGGUAUGGUAUAUUGGUCCCGCCAUCUCUUCGGAGUGCUCAAAAGAGCUUCACGGAAGCUGUAAAUGAGCAUUUAUCGGAGCUGGCGAAUGUCAUCGUUGAAAUGCGAGCAUUUGAGAAGAAAAUCGAAGAGGUGCGAAAUCGGUUGAAUCACAACGGUUCAUAG